UGUCAAGUCCCCUGUAUUGUGGCAGACAAAGUACAGGUGUGAUCGAGACGUAUUGGAUAAGUCGGAUUUUCAGAACCCUGGACCAAAUACCUUAUCGAGAGUUAUGAAUUCCCCUUUUUGUUCUGUUGAGUAUAUCGCUCCUUCAAAUGAUAAUCUACAACCGAGGCCAUGCAUACCAACUAUCCAUACAUGUCCGGAUGGAACAGAUCGUUUGCUGGCCUAUCGGUGUGCGAACUCUAACUUAGACCCUUAUUCUACUUACAAACAACAAUACCAUGCCUAUCAUAACUGGUAUUGCUUCAUAUGUACAGAACCUGAACGUCCAUUGCAUUCGUGUACCGUACGAUUGAGUCAGAUAAGUCAACGAAGCAGCCCCGACUUGUCCUUGUUUUCGUUUAAAAUAAUGGUGGAUGUGACAUCUGAUAAUGAAAUAAGACUGAGGUCUCAAGCUGGUCAUGGCAUCGUUGGAUUGGAUGUUGAGGUAGGGUGUAACUCGGACAAUCUUUGCAAGGCUUUAACUUGCCCAAAAGCGUAUAUACGAGCUGGGGGUAAAUGCAAAUUGGUAAGCACCAUUGUUCCAGUACAAAUCAACUGCUAUCUCUCCAUUGAACUAGAAGAGUAUACAUUUCAUGUCAUCAAAACUUACAUCAAACAAAUUUUUGAUCCAGUUGGUUUGAUUUUAAUCCGAAAUGGUCCUGAUUAUGAUCAAUUCACGUUCAAUGCAUCUUUCCCUGAGAACUACACAUCGCCUCAGAUUUACAAGAAAAUGGCAUCAGACUCUGAACGCAUGAAAGAAAAAGCUGGAAUUGCUUUCACACAGCUUAUGAAGGACAUAAAUAUCACGUAUGAUGUGUCGUUUAUAAAACAUAAGGUCAGUCAUGUAACGGAAAAGGUGCCAAAUAGUGGAUCUCAAACCGGUUCCGGAAUGGCAUGGAUGUUUUACAUAUUUUUGUUCAUGAAAAUAUGUUAAGAGAACGAAAGCACGUGGACUCACAUUGGCAGUUUUGUUCAUUAAAACUAAAAUUGUAAUUAAAAAAGAAUUGUCAGAGAUGUUGUAAUCAAUUUCGUGUCUCAAAUAGACAAAGCAGUUUAAGUUGCAUAGAAAGUCGGAACAAAAACUUACAAUGUCAUUCCCAAAAUUCAUUUCGUUCGUUGUGUACCUUCACUACCUCUCUGACGUUGUUAAAAUAGUUCUGAAAUUCCCGGGGCACGAUCUGAGAAAGCUUCAGAAAUUAGUA